AUGGCAAAACGUUACAGAACAGAACUAAAUUCUUACAGUGCGAUGGAAGACAAAAAUAAUAAUACAUUGUAUCAAAAUAGAGGAGAAGUGAGUGAUUUGAAUGAAAAGCAGAAAGAAGUCGAGUCAUUGCCAAAAAACCAACUUUGUUCUUAUGAUCUUGAGAGUGAUAAGUUACAAUCAAGAGUUAUUGUUAAAAAUGAAGAAAAUGUAUUUCCAUUGACUACACCAGCAGCCAACCAAUCUUUGGGAUUAUGUAAUGAUUCAAUGAUAUUAACCAACAUUCAUCCAACCUAUCAUAAUGUAACGAGUAUUAAUGAUCACUCUUCUCAGACGUUCAGAGACAUCAAACCAUUAUUUAAACAUGAAACAAUCCCAUUAUUUGAUACAUGUCUUCCUAAUGAAGAUGUGGAAAGUACUAAUUCCUACAAUGAAAGUUUAACUAGUAAAAUUCUCUUGGUAUCAGUCGAUAUAUCGAAUGUAUUUUAUUAUGCUGAACAUGGUCAGUUCGAUGAACUACAUAAAGUAUUGCAAUUCCACUAUAAACAGGCAGUACAGAUGAAAAACGUAAAAGGACAGACUCUCUUACAUAUCGCUGUUAUACAGUCCUUUGCCUAUGUUUGGGUUCGCUUAUUACUUAUGAGAGGAGCAGAUCCAUGUGCUCAAGACAAAGAUGGUUAUACUUCGGUACAUUAUGCAGUUGAAAAAGAUGAUUUGGAAAUGUUAAAAGCACUUACUAUUAGAUUUCAUCCCAAAGUUAAAGUUUCAUCAGAAGUAGAAUUUGACAAAAUACAUGAAAACUGCACCAAAUCAUUAACGUUAACAGAAAAUUUUGGUAUGACUGCAAUUAUGUUGGCUUGCUACAAAGGAGCGAUUAAGUGUAUUACCUACUUACACGAACAACAAUUAAUUGAUAAUAUAAAUCGCACGGUAGGUUAUAAGCAUCCAUUAUUUAAAGAUAUUUUUGAUGAUACAUCGUUGCAUUAUGCUGUGGCACAUAACAAUAAACAUUUGACUGAGUUUCUGGUAAACAAUUGUCGGGCUGAUGUCAACGGUGGUAAUACAAAGCGUCCAAGUGCAUUGGAUAUAGCUGUUUUUAAUCAAAAUACAGAACUCAAAGAAUUAUUAGUUUCACGCGACUGUAAAUUACGUUCUCCAAUCAAGCGUCAGGGUGAAAAACGUAAAACAUCGGAUGCUGAACUCCUUAACUCGGGAAUGAAACAUUUAUCAAUCGAACCAUUAGAAUGCAGAACCAGUCCUACUCUCCAUAAAAAAAUGUUACCCAUUGACGAACAAAAAAUCAAUAGUUUGAAAAAAACAGCUUUAGAACAAAUAGAAAUAAAAAAUUAUCCGAAUGCACUAAAACUUCGACGAGAAGAACAUGAUCUUUUAGUGAAAUAUUACGGUCAUAUACAUGCUGAUGUGGCAAGAUCCUGUCAUGAUCUGGCAUUUGUUUAUCAUUCAAUGGAUAAUUAUCAAAAAGCCUUGAUAAACUAUAACAAAUCAUUAUAUGUAGUCGCUCAGUUAUCUCUAUCACCACGUGAAUAUCCAUAUAUACCCAACUGUUAUGCUAAUAUAGGUCUUAUACAUAGUAUUCAAAACAGAUUUAGUGAAGCAAUUAGAAAUUUUAAUGUGGCUCUUCUAAUACGACAAACUUUUUUCCCAAAACAAACUAUUGAAACGGAAAGAAUACAACAAAUUAUACAGAGAGCGCAAACUCAAAUAGAAUAA